CAUCGAUCUUCACAAAUAAAAUAUUUUUUUACAAAAUUUUCGUACUAAAUACUAAUUUGUGGUGCUCUGUCACAUUUCUUCCACUAUUAUGUCUGUGUAAUCGGUAAAGUGUAACUUCUGCAACAAUGACGGACCAUGGACAGAAUUAGCAGGUCAAUAGGACAGUUGCAUACUGAACAGUAUAACAAUUCCUAAAUCAUAGCAACAGAAAUGUCAAGUCCUAAGAAGAGACAGGUUGUCUAUUUGGGGUCACCACAGUCUGAAACACUAAAGAUUGAGACAGACUCUGACCAUGAUAUUGUUCUUGCUAAGAACUCACACAGUUUUAAGGUUCUACAGGGGCUUGAUAAGCUGCGACGGGAUGAGUUACUGUGUGACUACACAUUGAUAGCGGACAAUUUAUCAAUAAAGGUGCACAAGGCUGUCAUGGUGUCAGUGAGUGACUACUUCCAUGCAAUGUUUACAGGUACAAUGAAGGAGAGCCAGGAGUCUUCUGUUGAGCUAAAGGGUGUCACUGCAGGUGGUUUGAAGGAACUAGUCACAUUUGCAUACACAGGUCAGUUGAAGAUUAACCUUGAUAAUCUACAAGAAAUUUUGUCAGCUGCUGCCCAUCUCCAGAUAGCAGAGGCAGUGGAGCUUUGUUGCGAUUUUAUGUCAUAUGCAAUAACGACAGAGAACUGUGUCGAUUUACUCAACUUAGCGGAGAUCUACUCAUUAUCUGGGAUACGUGCAAAAGCUAGAGACUAUAUGCUGAAAAAUUUUGAAGAGUUCAGCAAAACGGAGCAAUAUCAACGUUUGAAUCAUAUCCAGUUAGCAGCCAUGCUGGAAGAGAAUUCUCUGAAUGUUGCAGCAGAGUAUAAGCUAUUUCAGCAUGUAUUGGACUGGAUUGACCAUGACCGAAAAGAACGGGAAGUGCAUUUGCCAGUGUUGAUGCAAAAUAUUCGCCUUCCUCUUCUCUCUGGGGAGGAAUUGGUGGAUAAAGUCAGUCAGGUUGACAUAAUGCGUCAGAAUAAAGAAUGUGGCGAUCUUCUCAAUGCAGCGAAAGAUUAUCACAUAGUAGUUGGUAAACAACCACUGAUGCAGUCCAGCAGGACUCAAGUUAGAUCAGCUAAGAAGAGCCUUAUCAUGGUUCACGCUGAAAAUAUAGAGUCAUUUGACCUUGAGACACACAGACACAUCUUCUUGCGUGAUGCCAGCGUGCCACUUUACAACCCAUGUGUCUGUGUGGUUGAUAACUUCAUGUACGCAUGUGGUGGGAAAUACGAUGGAAAUGAAAACAAUGAGAUUGCCACUGCAAGGUGUUUCCGGUAUGACCCAAGAUUUGACUCGUGGUUUGAACUUGCAUCAAUGAAUGAGUCGCGUAAAGACUUUUCAAUGGUUGCCCAUGGUAAGCAGUUAUAUGCAAUAUCGGGACAAGAUGAGAAUAUGGUCAUGUGUACAGUGGAAUGUUUCUUGAUCGAGAAAAAUGACUGGGAGAGUCGGCAAGGAUUAGCUAGUGCAGUGUAUGGCCACGCUAGUGCAAUUUGUAACAAUUUAAUAUAUGUUAGUGGUGGACAAAAAUUUGAUGGUUACACAAAUAGUGUAUCAUGUUAUGAUCCAAACACGGACCAUUGGUCAGAGUGUCCACCCCUAAAAGGAGCACGAGCCAAUCACAUCAUGGAGGAGAUCAUGGACAAACUUUACGUCAUUGGAGGAAACACUGAAGACAGUUAUGGAUUCCCUGUCCCAACUGUCCAAAUUGAGAUGUACGAUCCUAAAAUUGAACAAUGGACACUAUGUAAAAGUUCGAUAAACAUCCGCGAUGCAGGGUCUGCAGUAAUGUCCAACAAGAUAUAUGUGAUAGGAGGUAUUAACGGAGGACAUUAUUACUCAGAUUUAAUCCAAGUGUUUGAUCCGAGGAAAGAUGACGUGAACUGUGAGGAAAGAUUUUCUAAUCAGAUAUAUGGGAGAGCUUGCUGUGUGCUUACAUUACCCCAAUAUGACUACAGCCCAUACACACAAAUGUCCAGUGCUCUUCACCCUUGAA